AUUUAUAUAAUUUUUAUUUUUUUACAUAAACUUAUCACACAGUUUUUAUAUAUACAAAGAUGUCAGAAGAAGAUUAUUUUGAAGAUGAGGUUCUUUUUACUGCCGCUAAAAAGAAUUAUGAAAGUAUGUUUGAAGAAUUCUAUGAAGAAAGAAAAAAAAGAAAUUUAUUUGAUGCCAAUAUUUUAGAUGCUCAAGGUAAUACACCAUUACAUUAUAGUGCAACAUUUGGACAUGUUGAAAUUUCAAAUCGUUUAUUAGAUUUAGGAGCCAAUCCAAAUAUUCAAAAUAAAGCAGGUGAAACUCCACUUCAUAAAGCAGUAUGGUAUGAUCGUGUUCCAUUAUUCGAAUUAUUAAUUGAAAGAGGUGCCAAUCCAACAAUUGCCAAUAAUCAAAAACAAACUGUUACUCAUUUAGCCAAAUCAUCAGCAAUGAAGGAUCUUAUCAAACAAGCCACUUUAGCUGCCACUAUCAAUAAAGAAGAUUUCGCUGAUGAUGACGAUGACGACGAAGAUGAUGCCGAAGCCAACAAACCAUAUAAACCAUCUGCCCAUGAUCACAGUGAUAUGGUUGCUGCUGAUAGUGAUGAUGAAUAAUAUAUUUAAUCAAAUUGUAAUUUAAUAAUAAUCAUUUUUAAAAUAAAUAAAAAAAAAUCAAAAUCAAAAUC